AUCAUCGACAAGGAGAUUAAUCCCUUUGUGGACAAGUGGGAAGAAGAAGGACAGUUCCCAGCACAUAAAGUGUUUAAAACCCUAGGACAAGCUGGAUUCCUUGGUGUGGAUAAGCCAACAGAGUACGGCGGCAUGGGCCUGGAUUUCUCCUAUAACAUUGCAAUGGCAGAAGAACUGGGAAAUAUCCGCUGUGGAGGUAUUCCUAUGGUUAUUGGAGUGCAAGUUGGCAUGGCUACUCCUGCACUUACAAGGUUUGGCUCCGAUGAGUUGAAAAAACAGUUCCUUGCACCAACUAUAGCUGGAGAUUAUGUGGUUUGCUUGGGAAUCAGUGAAACUGGAGCUGGGUCAGAUGUUGCAAAAAUCAGGACUUAUAUACGUUUAAGUCAGGACUCUGAAAUUAAUGGACUCCUCGUGACUAAUGUGCACAAUAUCAAGACAACAGCUGUGAGAAAAGGUGAUGAAUAUGUCAUAAAUGGUGGUAAAAUGUGGAUUACAUCUGGGAGCCAAGCAGACUGGAUGUGCCUGCUGGCAAACACCAGUGAAGGACCUCCUCAUCGAAAUAAAUCUCUCAUAUGUGUGCCAAUGAAUCUACCCG